AUGCGGCUGCCCCUGCUCCUCCUUGUUGGGUUCCUGGAAUUUCACUGCACAGGCCCAUUCCUGGUGCGUCUGGCUGGGGGCCCCAGUGAGUGCGUGGGGCGUGUGGAGAUCAACUACAAGGGCCGCUGGGGCUCGGUGUGUGACGACGAGUGGGACCUGGCCGACGCAGCCGUGGUGUGCAGGCAGCUGGGCUGCGGCACCGCACUCUCCGCCCCCGUGGGCGCCUGGUUUGGGGAGGGCUCGGGCCCCAUCUGGCUCAAUGAGGUGCGGUGCCAGGGCUCAGAGCAACAUCUGCGCCACUGCCGUCACCGGGGCUGGCGCCAGCAUGUCUGCAGCCACGAGGAGGACGCCAGCGCUGUGUGCUCAGCUCACCGCUUCCUGCCCAUCAUCACCACUGAGCCCUCGGUGCAGCCGGCCCUUGGGGACCACAGCCCCCCAGCACAGAGCACUGCCAGGCCAGCUUCCACCACGCCAGAGCACAGCGGCGCCCCCCUGCGGCUCGUGGGGGGCCCCCACAGCUGCGCGGGGCGUCUGGAGGUGCUUCACGGGAGCCAGUGGGGCUCGGUGUGUGAUGACGGCUGGGGGCUGCUGGAGGGCGCCGUGGUGUGCCGGGAGCUGGGCUGUGGCGCAGUACAGGCUGCCCCCAGGGGGGCGCAUUUUGGGACUGGCACCGGCCCCAUCUGGCUGGAUGAUGUGGGCUGCAGUGGGAAGGAGAUGUCCCUGCAGCAGUGCCGGGCACAGCCCUGGGGGCGAACCAACUGCCAGCACGAUGAGGAUGCCAGCGUCAUCUGCACAGGUACCCCUCCGAGGGGUGCUGUGCUGCGGCUGGUGGAUGGCGCUGGUUCCUGCUCUGGGCGGCUGGAGGUUUUCCACCAGGGCCGCUGGGGCACAGUGUGUGAUGACAUGUGGGCGUUGCCAGGUGCGGCUGUGGUGUGCCGGGAGCUCGGCUGCGGAAACCCACUCUCUGCUCCCAGGGGGGCCUUUUUUGGUGAGGGCAGCGGUCCCAUCUGGCUGGACAACGUGCGAUGCCAGGGCAAUGAGUCGGCGCUGAGCCGGUGUCGGGCUGCACCAUGGGGCGUGCACGACUGCCAGCAUGCGGAGGACGCUGGUGUGGUGUGUACAGACGAAUUGGCCCAUGUGAGGCAGCGCUUUGCCAAGCCCAUGGCCCCACAGCCACGAAUGCAGAAGCCACGAAUGCAGAAGCCACGGACGCAGAAGUCACGGACGCAGAAGCCCCGGCCCCGGCCCCGGCCCCGGCCCCGGCCCCCUUCAGCGGCACGGGAGGAGACACAGGCACCAGCCCAGGUAUCCCCACAGGCAGUGCAACCAGGGAAGUGGAAGCCGUUGUCUUUGCUGGAGGUCACCAGCCCCCGGGAGGCCGCCCAGCCAGAGGGGACCUCGCGGGGCCCCCCGCCCUCAGGAGAGCCAGAGCUGCCCACUGCUGGACCCGCAGGGCCCAGCGAGUGGCUCGCUGCGCCGGUGCCGGCCUGGUGUCUAUGCACAUCUCUGGGGAAACCCACCAUCCGGACCCAGCCCCUGGAGCUGCAGCUGGAAGGGCAAUCAGGCCACCUCCACAGCACCCAGAUGGGCCUGGCCUCCCCUACUACCACCCGUAUCCUCACAAUGACCCACAGAGCCCAAACAGAACCAAGCAUCCCCAUCCCGGCAACCACCCAGUCUCUGAACAUGGCCCACAGCACCUGGCCAGGCCUGGCCCCCACCUCCCCCUCCGACACAACCACCCAGCUUCCUAGCCAGACCCUCAGCGCCUGGAUGGGCCCAGCUCCCUCCGACCCUACAACCACUCAGCUUCCUAGCCAGACCCACAGCACCUGGAUGAGCCCAGCUCCCUCCGACCCCACAACCACCCAGCCUCAGGAUGAGACCCACAGCUCCCGGAUGAGACCAGCUCCCUCGGACCCCACAACCACCCAGUCUCGGGACGAGACCCACAGCGCCCGGAUGGGCCCAGCUCCCUCCAACCCCACAACCACCCAGCCUCGGGACGAGACCCACAGUGCCCAGAUGGGCCCGGCUCCCUCCGACCCCACAACCACUCAGCUUCCUAGCCAGACCCACAGCACCUGGAUGGGCCCGGCUCCCUCCGACCCCACAACCACCCAGCCUCGGGACGAGACCCACAGCGCCCGGAUGGGCCCAGCUCCCUCCGACCCCACAACCACCCAGCCUCAGGACGAGACCCACAGCGCCCGGAUGGGCCCAGCUCCCUCCGACCCCACAACCACCCAGCCUCAGGACGAGACCCACAGUGCCUGGAUGGGUCCAGCUCUCUCCGACCCCACAACCUCUCAGCUUCCUAGCGAGACCCACAGCAGCUGGAUGGGCCCGGCUCCCUCCGACCCCACAACCACCCAGCCUUGGGACGAAACCCACAGUGCCCAGAUGGGCCCGGCUCCCUCCAACCCCACAACCACCCAGCCUCAGGAUGAGACCCACAUCGCCCGGAUGGGCCCAGCUCCCUCCAACCCCACAACCACCCAGCUUCCUAGCCAGACCCACAGCACCUGGAUGGGCCCGGCUCCCUCCAACCCCACAACCACCCAGCCUCGGGACAAGACCCACAGCGCCCAGAUGGGCCCGGCUCCCUCCGACCCCACAACCACCCAGCCUCGGGACGAGACCCACAGCUCCCGGAUGGGCCUGGCCUUUCCCUCCAAGCCCCAAGGCGAGCCUCCUGGUACUCGGACGCAGUAUGCCAGCCCAGCAAUUAAUGGGACAGGUUGUGCCAAGACACCUGGAGCGCCCUGGCUUCCAGGCACCCCAGCUGCACAGACAGAUGCUGCCACCACGCCAGGCCAGCCUCAGGGACCUGUCCUGGAGAUGCCACACCCUGCCACCCGCGCCCUCCCACCCACGGCCUUCCCCCCAACCAUGCCCUCAACCCUGGCCCUCCCAUCCCUGGCCACUGCUCUCCACACCACCACCCCUCAGGCCACCACCACCCCUGCUCCACCCCCUGCCCAGGGGGCAGUGACUAUGGUGUGGGAGACAAGAGCCCCCUUACCGGCUGCAGGGCGGGGGGCAGUCAGGGGGAAGGGGGAUUGCCAGGAGCCAGGCUACAAAUCUCCCCAGCUGCAGGAGCUGAUCCAGGUGGUGCGGGAGCUGCGGGGGGACUUGCACGCCCUCGUCCAUACCCAGCGGCAGGAGCGUCGCCAGCUGGGAGCCAUCGCUGGCAGCCUGGCCGAGCUGGUGGGGGCUGUACGGCAGCUGCCCUUCGGGCUUCCUGGGCGGUGUGGGGUGAGACGAGCUCUUGGCACCGGAUCGCGGCAGGACGGAGCUGCUCACCCUGGGGGAGCCAUGGAUCUGCUGCUGUGCCUCUUGCUCUGCUUCGCUGCCGACGUGGGAGUCUCCUCCUCCUCAGAGGUAAGGUUGGUAGGUGGCCACCACCGCUGUGCCGGGCGGGUGGAGGUGCGUCUGGACGGGCGCUGGGGCACCGUGUGUGACGACGGCUGGGACCUGAGCGACGUGGCCGUGGUGUGCAGGCAGCUGGGCUGCGGGCAGGCCAUGGACGCCCUGAGUGGUAAAGUGUUCGGCCCGGGCCCCGAGUCACUCCCUGUCCUGAUGCUGAACGUGGAGUGCGAGGGGACAGAGGCGACGCUGGGGAGCUGCCUGUACACGAAUCCAGGGAACUUCUGCAAGCAUGAUGAGGACGCGGGGGCUCGUUGCCAAGCUGCAGAGCUCCCAGAGCCACCUGUCCGGUUGGUGGGCAACAGCACGCGCUGCAGUGGGCAGGUGGAGAUUUACCAUGACGGCCGCUGGGGUGCUGUGUGUGGGUUGGGCUGGGACCUGACUGACGCCAAGGUGCUCUGCCGGGAGCUGGGCUGCGGGAGCCCGCGGUACGUCACCCACCACUGCAGCAAGUUUGGUCAGAGCUCAGCACCCAUCCUGCUGGGCCAGCUGGAGUGCACCGGGCAGGAGGCCUCCCUGACCCACUGCCGAGUCCAAGCCUGGGAGGGGCGGCACUGCCCCCACCACCGGGACACCGGAGUCAUGUGCCAAGAGCCCUUCGCACUGCGGCUGGUGGACGGCCCAAGCAAGUGCUCCGGGCGGCUGGAGGUGCGGUAUGAUGGGGUGUGGGGCACCGUUUGCGAUGACAACUGGUCAGUGACCAUCGCCCAAGUGGUAUGCCAGGAGCUGGGCUGUGGCCCAGCCGAGCCACUGGCCCCAAAGCCGCAGGACUGGCCCCGCUUUGGCCAGGGUACGGGGAAAAUCUGGCUGGACGACAUCCGCUGCAAAGGCACCGAGGAGACCUUGCAGAAAUGUGCCCACCGCUUCUGGAGCUACAAUGACUGCACCCACUGGGAGGACGUCAGUGUGGUCUGCCAGGACAGCUGAGCCGGCCACAGCUCCUCCAUGGCCUUCCAUUGAUUCCCCCCCACCCCGUCCCCGAGCUUUCAGUGCAUCCCCCCUGCUGCCAGGCCCUUCUUCUCUGCUGCCAGGCUCCCUGGCCCUGCCCGCCCAGCCCGGGGAUGGCUGUUGGCUGUGCAAGGGCAUGGCUUGGUUAGUGCCCGGGGGGAUUCCCAUUUCAGGGAUGAACCACAGGCGCCCAGGGCAUUCCCCUCCCACUGUGAGCCACACUCUGUGGGCUGCCGCACAACGCUGGCACAGACUGGGGCUCGUGUCUCGCUAACAAUGGGGCAGCUCGCCCUGGCAGGCCCCGCUCGGAGCACGGGUUUCCAGGGCCGUCGCUCCAACUCCAGCCAAGGGAGCCGCCCCUGAUAAACCCUGCCAUCGCCGGGGUGGGGCUGCACCCCCCACCCCCUUGGGGGCCGGGAUACACGACUGUCUCCCCCGGAGGGGUCCGUGCUGCAUGGACAGGCAGGAGCCGGGAGGGGGAGAGCCCCGGGUGCCACACGCCAUCCCAGGCUGAGCAGAUGCGAAUAAAGAGCUGAAUCCA